AAUAAUUUUUACAAUGAUGUUUUGUGGAUGAAUCUGAAUCUUUACAGAAUUCUUUUCUUUUGAUAUUUGUCUUAAGAUGGACGUCUGGUUACUCUGUGGAUUCGCUGUUCUGGCCUCACUGAGUCUCAGCAUUCAGGCUAAAACCUGGGUAUUUGCAGUAAGUGGAAAUAGAAGACCGUGGAAUUUUAUUGACAGUGAUGGGAUAUUAAAAGGCGCGGAUCUGGACCUGGUGCAGGCAGUAUGUGACAUUGCCGAUCAGAAAUGUGCGAUGACUGUAGCUCCUAUCGGUGCAUGUGUAGAAACACUAGAAGGUCGAUUUUUUCCAGGCGAGGGUUUAAUGGAACGAUGGUUUGAUGCAUGUACUGGAUAUGUAAGUUCAGUGGAGCGUGUCAAUGCGUUACAGUUUACUGAUCCUAUACGAAUUACCACCUCCACAUUCACGGUUCUAAAGGGAAACCCCAGGAAUUUUCAUCCACGAAAUUUACAGAGCGCAGUAAUAGUGCAUCUGAAUGGAGCUUUUACAAAUGAGCAGUGUGCUGUUAGGAUCGGGCUCGGGAAGCCUAAACAGGUUGUGGUUGCUUCCGGAAUAGCAGAAGCCAAAGAACUGCUGCGAAACUAUACUGCAGACGCCCUGUUUUCCCUGCGGACUCGUUUUGACGAUUUGGAGGUUCUCCCAGGGAGGUAUAAAUGUGACGUCAGCGGUGUGGGAAUGAUGGUCAAGAAGGAGAGUGACCUCCCUUUUUGGUGGAAUCCCGCCUUCCAAAAAUAUUAUCUGUCUGGAAAAUACAACGACGACUGUGAAAAAAUUACACAAAGAUACGGCGCGGACGAUUCAGAAACGUGUGUUCCUCGUGAACUACAGGCGAACUCUGCAGGCCACAAGCCUACGAUCUACUCCCCUGGCUAUUUCUUCAUACUCUGUCUGAAAACUCUUGUUAUUUUCUUGCUUUGUUGAAGUAUAGGUUAAUACAAAUGUAACCAAAUUCUUUAAUAGCGGAUGCAUAGUAUUUUCGUAUACAUUCUGUAAGUACAUGUGUAUAUGAGUAAGUAAUUUUUGCUAUACAUACCUUUUUCAUAUAUUCUUGGGUAAAGUCUUUUUGCAUGUUUUCAGGUUUUAUAUGGAAAGGAUGUUAGAUAUCUUCAUAACUGAUACAGCUUGAUGUAAAUGUAAACUGAGUCUGUGUAUAUAUGAUUAUAUAUUUAUAUAUUAACUUCACCUGACCCUAUGAUAGAAAUAUAAAGGUUGGUUUUAUAUAGAUAUAUCGGUAUGCUUGCCAGUUUGUAUUUUUCGUUGCGUGUUUUCAAUAUUUCUUAUAUAUUUUUGAAUAAUUUUUUAUAUGUUUGAUUUUGUCUACUUUGUGGGAAAUGAGUACCAAAUGUUCUUAAUAAAAAAAACACAAAAAGAAUUGAAAUACAAUGUUGGUGUAACCAAAUCAAAUUAAUUAAUUUUCAAACAGGAAAAUACCUGUUUUUAAUUUUAAUAAUAAAUUGCAUAGAAGGGCCACUGAGUAGUGCCAACCGGAAAUGUGGUCAUUACAGGAAGUACUAGAAAAUGCUUUGUCUUAUGCAUUAUCUGUCAACAAAAUGUUUAUAAUAUGAGUUUUAUACCUUUAAUAUCGCUUAAAACAAAUAUUUACUAGAAAGGUAUAUCAUAUCCAUGAAAUAUUAAAUUACUAUGAGUUUUUUUUUUCUUUUUAAAUUUUUCUUUCAUUUUUUUAUGCUAAAGUAUGGAAGGAUAAAGAGGAAAUAUGAAGUUUUCUUUAUGAGAUUAUCCUCUGCCUUUGACACAGUUGCGUUGUCCAAUUGUAAGUCGUUUUCAUGCUUAAAUAUAAAAUUGUUUAUAUGUCAUUUCAUAUAUACGCUGUAUUAUUCGUUCUUGACAUUUGGGGGAUUUAUAUAUCCAUGUAUUAAAUAGACAUGCAUGUACAUACGAUUUCUUAACAAAACAUUUAUUAUA